AUGAAAGUAUCCAACUUAUUAUUUUUGAUCAAUUUAUCAUCGAUUUUGUCUGCUCCUUUAGACUGUGAUACAACUCAAGUUCACGCUCACCAUAAACAUAAAAGAGAUGUUGUUUAUGAUUAUGCUUAUGUUACUGUUACUGUUGAUGGACAAGGUAAGUUAAUUGAAGAAACCACUUCUUCAACUCCAACUACUUCAUCCACUCCAACCACUUCAUCAACUUCAACUGUUGCUACUACUAGUUCAAGUUCAAGUUCAGUUGCUUCAACUACCAAAACUUCUUCAACUCCUCAACAAACUAGUUCAGGAAAUUCACCACCUCAAGGUGAUUUAUCUGCUUAUUCUGAUCCUACCGAAGAAUUCGAAGAUGGUGUUCAUGAUUGUACUAGUUUCCCAGAAGGUCAAGGUGUUAUUCCAUUAUAUCACUUAGGAUUCGGUGGAUUCUCAGGUAUUUAUAAUUCUGAUACUUCAACUGGUGGUAAAUGUAAAGAAGGUUCAUACUGUUCUUACGCUUGUCAACCAGGUAUGGCUAAAACUCAAUGGCCUGAAAGUCAACCAGCUAAUGGUGUUUCCGUUGGUGGUUUAUUAUGUAAAAAUGGUAAAUUAUAUAAAACCAACUCCAAUUCAAAUUACUUAUGUGAAUGGGGGGUUGAAAAAGCUUCAGUUAAAUCUAAAUUAGAUCAAACCGUUGCCAUUUGUCAAACUGAUUAUCCAGGUACUGAAAAUAUGGUUAUUCCAACUGUUGUUGAAGGUGGUAGUUCAUCCCCAUUGACCACUGUUGAUCAAUCAUCUUAUUACACCUGGAGAGGUGGUUCCACUUCAUGUCAAUUCUACGUCAAUGAUGCUGGUGUUGAUUGGCAAACUGGUUGUUCUUGGGGUAAUGAAGGUGAUGGUUAUGGUAACUGGGCUCCAUUAAACUUUGGUGCUGGUUAUGCUAAUGGUAUUGCUUACUUGUCAUUAAUUCCAAAUCCAAAUAACCGUACUCCAAUGAACUAUAAUGUUGAAAUUGUUGCUGAUGGUAGUUCAUCAGUUUCAGGUCAAUGUGUUUACGAAAAUGGUAAAUAUAACGGUGAUGGUACCGAUGGUUGUACUGUCGGUGUUACUUCAGGUAAAGCCGUUUUUGUUUUGUAUAAUUAA